GUCCGGUUGGAAACGAGCGAAAGACCCUUAAUGUCGGAGCUCAGUCGCGCCUCAGAUUGCUUGGUGAAGUGUUCCUGAGCGGUGUCUUCUAAAAAUGGCACCUUUAUGACCGACAUGUUCAUCCUAUUGCGUCUUUGCCACAUCUUCCUUUUUUUAAUGACCCCCCAACAAUAAAAAGAAGCGUUUCCACCAUGACUGUCAGUCACAACCUAGUUGCCCUCCUCGUUGUCUGCAUAUUGGCAAACAAUGGAUUUGAGCCUGCCCUCUGUUCUGCUCAUUGUGGGCAUUCUCUCCAAGUCCUGGACAGCAAAUGGGGAGAAAUUAGGAGCUCAGCUUACCACAGCUGGUCUUACCGCUUUGGAUCGACCUAUGACUGCUGGGUCAUCAAGGGUCUGGAAGGAGAACCUAUCGUUCUUAGCUUUUCCCAGUUUUCCGUGCGGUGCAAGAAGGAAUGGGUCUCUGUGAAAUCAUCAGCUGGCGGCGAGCCAGUUCUCCUCUGCGGUUCCAAGUUACCACGGCCCAUGGAGUUCCCAGGGGGAAACAUUACAGUGAUGCACCACUUCCUACCACAUCUGUUCCCUGUGUCAUCAUUCCGACUGAACUAUGCCCGAGACACUGGAGAAUGCCCAGCGACAUCCUUUGAAUGCAUAGGUGGUCGAUGCCUGCCUCUCUCCUGGCGCUGCAAUGGUCAGGUGGAGUGCAUCGGUGAGGGGGCGGGCCUUAGAACUGACGAACAGGGCUGCAAUGGAGAGCUAGAAGUCCUGGACCCUCCCACAGACAUUGGACAUGGCAGUACACAAGCACAGGAGACCACAGUGGAGACCUACACAGAGAGAGAUCCAGUUAGGGACUCAGAGAAACUUAUAGCAAUAGACAGGGACCGAAGCCCAGACACGACAGUUGAACAGUCUGAUCUGUGGGAUCUGCUGAAGGAGAGACAGGAAGAGGAGGCUCAGGUGGACCGAGACCAGCUUCAGCCUCACAGAGAGCCUUUUGUGACGCCUGCUCCCAUUGAGUGGCCUUGUGGAGGUGUUCUUGAGAGCUUCUAUGGAACCUUCUCCCCUCCAGCUAUCCGGGGUCCCGCACUGUACUGUGUUUGGACCCUGGACCCUCAUGACUCCAGGCCCCUGAAGCUGGACCUACAACAGCUGGAGCUGGGUCCUGGGGAUACACUUACCGUCCGGAGCAUGCAGCAAGGCACUGAAGAAGUCAUAAAAGUUAUCACUAGUGCCUCCAACUACAAGUCCGUCCAGGUGGAGUCCCGAACCGGAUUGCUUUUGCUGGUCUAUCAUACCCUCCCCGGUUCAGAGGGGACUGGCUUCAACGCCACUUUCCGUGUUGGCAGUUACUGUCCCCCGUGGGAAGGCCGGUGUGGGGGAGCUGCAGGGGGCUGCUUCACCCAGGAGCAGCGUUGUGAUGGCAGAUGGGAUUGUCCUGAGACAGGGAAGGACGAGAAGGGGUGCAGGGACUGCGCCCACGACCAGUUUGCAUGCGGAGGAGCAGGGCAGAGAGCAAUGGCACCCAGCCACUUUGUUGGCAGGCCAGUAUGUUACCCUGUCAGUGAGAGAUGCAACUACGUUCUCUACUGUGCUGAUGGCAGUGAUGAGAAGGACUGUACCGUGUGCAAGCCGGGAACCUUCCACUGUGACAGGGACAGGUGUGUAUUUGAGAGCUGGCGCUGUGACGGCCAGAUGGACUGCAGGGAUGGAACAGACGAGCUCAACUGCACCAUCAUCCUGCCUCGCAAGGUCAUCACUGCAGCGACGGUGGGCAGUCUGGUCUGUGGGCUGCUUCUGGUCAUCGCCAUGGGCUGCACCUGUAAACUGUACUCGCUCCGAACCAGGGAAUACGGCUUGUUUGCUCCAAUCAGCCGUCAGGAGGCGGAGCUGAUACAACAGCAGGCCCCUCCCUCUUAUGGCCAGCUGAUUGCCCAAGGUGUCAUCCCCCCAGUGGAGGACUUCCCCACAGAAAAUCCUAAUGAGACCUCCUCUCUUUCUCUGAGAGGUAUCCUUCAGCUGCUUCGUCAGGACACAGGAAACUCCCCGCAUCGCAGACGCAGGCCCCGAUUCGUCCGCCGGGCUGUCCGUCGCAUGAGGAGAUGGGGCUUAAUCCCCAGACCUCCACCUAGGUCGGCCCAGGCAUCGAGCUCCACCCAGCAGCAGCCAGACACUGCUCCUUCUGGUCAGGAACUCACUCAGUCGACUUCCAGAAGCUCCUCGCUGGCUGUGGAAGCAGUCAAUCAGCCGGUGCCACAUAAACUCGGCCUGUUGGUUCAGACACGAGAGCAAGCAGUGCCAACCCCUCCCCCUCUGCCAUCAUUACCCCCACCCCCAUUGCCUUUGUCUCCACCUCCACUCCCCUACCCUCCCCCAGCCCCAGCUCCAACCACUACCCAGACAUUGCCUAUGGCCACCCCUAGCAGUCCCUCACUGAGGUCCAUCUUCCACACACUGGGUCUGAGUAUCUCCCUAUUCAGAGCCCAGCCCCCCUCCUCCACCAACUCUAUGCCCCUCUCCUCCUCCCCCUCUUUCUCGUCCUCGUCCUCGGAUGAUGAGGUGCUGCUUAUCCCGCUGUCCGAAGACACCACCUCAGAGGAUGACGUGCCCAUGCUCACCUGAACGAGCAUCCAGCUGGUACCCCCACUACUAACUCCUGCCUACCCAAUACCCUUCAACACCUCUGGCCUCUUCUCCAUUGUCCAGCAUCCCACAUCCCUGUCUUCUUCCUUUGCCCACUGAGAACCCAGUCUGAGUCUGGGGUACCCAGUCUUUCUGCUUAUUGUUUGAACUUGAGCAAAGGAGUAGGCAUAACCUUGCGAGGUUUCACCUCAGUGUCUGGUGCCUUUUGAAAUUGCUUUGUGUUGGAUUUACUGACUUGUGGAGUCAAGGAUUUGAUUAAUGAUUCUUUUCUUUUUUUCUUUUUUUUUUUAACAUUAUUGAGACCUCCUUCUGAACGUUUCUGUGUGGGAGCGAGUGUGAUAUGAACGCUUGAGUUGUGAAAAUAUGUGACAAGGUGUGUUUUGGAUGUGCACUUACCUAAUACUUGGCUGUAAUUUGAAGGAGGCAAACUUUGCACAGACGAAUCUUCCCAUUCUCCUGUACUUAAAGGCUACUGUCAAACUGAAUUGUUUGGGUUUUUAGACAACGUGAUGCAAAUGUAUGUUUCUAUGACCGCACACAUGUAAAUAUGUGUGCAUUUAAGUAUUUUGGAAAGUUAUAUAGACAGUGGAGUAUGUUUGUAGAUGUGGUUUGUGACCAUGCACUUCUGCCACUAGCAUAGUGUACGUCACUAAUAGAAAUGAACGUACGCCUCCUUCCUAGUCUCCUAUUUAAGUGCCUUUUGAGGAAUUUCAAGGAUGGCUUAAGGAAAAUGAAAGGACUUCCCCAGAUUCAAACUGCACACUUAUAGAAUGACACCCUUUCCUUCAUACACCUCACACAUGAACACAACCAGUCAUUGGCUGUAUUAUAACACGUUAACGCAUGUCUAUUCUGCAAGCUUGCAAUAAUUUUCUUGGGGACUCCUGUUGUGCGAGGACGUUGCCGUCUUGAGUGAGUGAGUGAGCGCACAUGGACGUCCUGGACGCAUGGGCAUAUUUCUGGAGAGAAUGUAUGUAAAAUAUGUCUCCAAAAAACAUCACAAGACAAUCUCUUGAGUGCCUGAGGUUGUUCUUGUGUGUAGUGUGUAGAGGAAAAUGAGGCAUCCCAGUGACAGAGGGGGGCCCCCCCGAAUUCACAAUAUACACUUGACUUGAAUCUAGUCCCCCUUUAUGGGAAUGGGUGUAAUCGUACCACGUUUUCAUCUACCCACAGCAGACAACAAAGAAUGAAGCGACUUGUAGUGUGCCAUUUGUAUUCAUGUUAUUUCUCAUUUUGCUUUUAUCUUAGCAAGUUACUUAUCAGUUUUAAUUGUCGUGUUUACUUUGCUUUGUUGAAUGUAUUGAGAUCGUUUUGGGGUGGUUGGAAGAUUUAACUUGUAAAUGUAAUGAGGUAAGAGUGAUUAUUCUUUUCUUUUUUUCUUUUUUUUUAAUUGUAAGGGUCAAAUUCACUGUAUAUAAGCAAAGAUGUGGCUGAGAUUAAACAAUUUGC